UUUUCAUCGAGCCAGAGACCUAGCCGAAAAUUCUAAGUUUUGUGAAUUUCUAGAUUGUAAUAAUUAAAUACCUUAAAUUAAUAUAUGGUAUCUCGCUCAGCAAUAUUUUGGUUCAAAUAGCAUCAAUCAACAGUGAGAUAAGUUUAUACAGAAGCGGGAGUUUGUUUGAGGAUUGUGGUGGUUGAAUACUUAAGCCUAAAUAGGUGCCGCUAGGCGUCAAGCGUACUAUGUACUGUCUACAAUGCUUGCUGCCUGUUUUGCUGCUUCCGAAGCCAAACAACAAUGCGCUUAUGGAAACGCAUGUGAUGUUCAUUGUCUUGUAUUUGAUAGGAUUCUUCUUGGAACGAAAACCAUGCACCAUAUGUAGUCUGGUAUUCCUGACGGCUGUCUUUUUAAUAUGUUACAGUGGAGUUGGCAACUGCAUAUUUUGGGGCAGCUGUGAAGGCAACCAAUGCGAAAAUGGCUAAGAUAACAAACCAAUUGUGAUCUAUGUAUGAAAGAAUGAGGAAAGAUAAGGAGGGAUCUUGACGAAAACUUUCUUACCAGGCAUUACUAAUUUUUUUUAACAACUGGUAAUUUAUUCUUGUAUAAACAGUGUGCCCUCCUUUCCCGACUCAACAAAUAUUUUAACUUCUCCGAAUGUAAAAUGAAUUGGCUUUCCUUUAAUUCUACCAAAUAUUUAAUUUAAGUCGCUUAUAACACGUUAUAACAUAAAUAUAUUAACAAACAAAAACAAUACAAUGCAAACAAUUAACAAAUCAUGUUCAAGGAUUUCCAACAGAUUCUAUCGCUAAGUAAGGAAUCAAAAUGCCUGGUACGAGUAUUGGCCUUAGAUUCAUCAAUACUUUUAACAGAAACAAAAACGAGAAAAGAGUGGUUGUUUUAAUGUAACGAAUUACAUAUAAUAAUAUCAGUAAUAGAAAAAAAACAAAAUGAUUUUCAAUUAACGACAGCAAAUUCAAUUCAAAACAAAAUGCUAUAUAUAUACAUAUAUUCAAUAAGGGCUUUUAUGUUUAUAUAUUUAUUUAUUAUAAUUCGAUCACACAUAUGUAAAUACAUGCUAGUUUGUAUAAUUAA